ACCAUCAAGAUCACGUAUUAAACUAACGCGGCUCUCUGGACGUCAACUUCAUAUCCCACAAUUCCUACUUCCGUAACCGACUGUUGGCGGUGAGCGGGUGCACCGUGCGCGGCACCGUGCGCGGUGACGAGCAAGAAGAAGUAGCGUGACUUCUUUCCCCGGUCGUGUCGCUGCUUGUUAGCCGGAGAAAGUUGCAGCUUGACGAGCGAACCGACGGCGCAGGACGAUCAAAUGAGGACGGCUGCGGAAAUGAAAGGCGCGUGUCCUCGCCAUAAGUAGCCGUGAUGGAUGGAGACGCCCAAAGGGCCACUGUGCUGUGGGAGAAUGCGACUCUGGCUCCGGCCGACCGCCUCCGCUCCGAGAGGGCGGAGAGCCCCACACCGGGUCUGGUGGAGGGGACGGAGCCAGGCGCCGGCCAGAAGAGCGCCAUGUUCGUCCACGCGCAGUCUUUCGAGGAUCUGCUGACUGCCGAGGAUCCGAGGGAGGCCGAACUGGACCCGUCGGAGCUCGCGGUGCUGGUGGGAGAGAACAGCGCAGAGGAGCAGCGAAACAGCGACGUCCCACCGGAGAGUCGGACCAAGGAGGAGGACGUGUCCAGCGAGGCGUGGAGGAGCCACAGAAAACACGUGUUUGUGCUGAGCGAGGCCGGAAAGCCAAUCUACACCCGCUACGGCACGGAGGAGGCGCUGUCCAACACCACGGGGGUGAUGAUGGCCCUCGUGUCCUUCGUCGAGGCCGAGAAGAACAUCAUUCGUUCCAUCCACGCAGACGGCUGUAAGGUGGUUUUCCUCACCAAGAGCCCCUUGGUCCUGGUGGGCGUGUCCCGGACCUCUCAGACCGACAAGGAGCUGCUGCGGGAGCUGCAGUACAUCUACUACCAGAUCGUCAGCCUGCUGACCCUCACCCAGCUCAACCACAUCUUCCAGCACAAGCAGAACUUCGACCUUCGCCGCCUGCUGGCCGGCUCCGAGUACCUCACCGACAACCUGCUGACCCGGCUGGACCGAGACCCGGGGCUGCUGCUCAGCGCCGUCACCUGCCUGCCUCUGGCCAGCUCCGCCAGGGACGCGGUGUCGUCGGGCCUGCAGGCCGCCAAAUCCGAGAGCCUUGUGUUCUCCAUCCUGCUGGCGGGCGACCGCCUGGUGACCCUGGUGAGGAAAAAGGACCAGUUCCUGCACCACAUAGACUUGCACCUGGUCUUCAACCUCGUCGGCUCCUCCUCGUGCUUCCGAGAUGGCGAAGGCUGGUCGCCGAUCUGCCUGCCGAAGUUCAACACCGCGGGAUUCUUCCACGCUCACAUCUCUUACCUGGAGCCCGCGUCCCAGCUCUGCCUCAUCCUGGUCUCGACCGACCGGGAGGACUUUUUUAACAUGUCCGACUGCAAGCGGCGGUUCCUGGAGAGGCUGAGCAAGCGCAGCGCCUACCAGGCCCUGAAGGAAGCCCUGAAAUGCCCCAGCUAUUCGGUGGAGCAGGUCGGCAUCCCGGAGCUCAGGCACUUCCUGUACAAAUCAAAGAGCUCAGGGCUGUACACCAGUCCAGAGUUCCCUGAAUUGUACCAGUCUGAUGCGGAGCACGAGAGGCUGAUGGAACUGUACCAGGACCUCCACAGCAGCUUGCAUCAUCCAACCAGACCCCUCCGCUACUUCUACCGCUGUGGGGAAACGGAAAACCUGCUGGCAUGGGUGACCAGUGGCUUCGAGCUCUACCUCUGCUUCAGUCCGCUGGGUACCAAGGCCACGGCCGUCUCCGCUGUCACCAAACUGCUGAAGUGGAUCCGGAAGGAGGAGGAUCGCCUCUUCAUCCUGAGUCCUCUCACGUACUGAAGGGCGUCGCCGCCGCCGGCCGCGCAGUAGUUUAGUUGUCUUGCUUUCGGGUUCCUCUGGUGUCGUUUCAGGGAUUUGUAAUUUAAGUAGAUCGCACAAUGACGGCGAGUUAAAGCCGCAUUUUUUUUUUUUAUCAGGCUCUCUUUUUUUAUGACUUGAAAUUUGAAUAACGGCAUCGGCAGCAGCGUCGACGAUGACGCAAGCGACGGCAUGAACGGAGGCGUCGACGGGCUCUCUGCAUUUUUUUGUUUCGCGAUUCUCUGUUUUACUGUAACGGACCUCUUAAGACUGUGAAAGAUGCUGUCGUUGUUUUAUUAAAUGUUUUUUCCCUCCCACCUCGGUUCUUAAAAAGCAAGAAUCCCAUUUGAAUCCCAAAAAAAACAACUGGAAGCUGCAGUAGAAUGUAUCCUCUUGUUCUAACGCAUGCCGUUAAAAUACGAGUUCUCCACAUUCCUGUUGUGCUGCAUCUUUACGUGACGACCAAUAACUGUAAUUGUCAUUUUACCUCUUUGCGGAAAAAUGCCUGUAACCUGAUUACUGCUGUCAUUUGUUGCUUCAAUGUUUUAAUUUAACUUGGAAUAUCAAAAUAUGUGUAUUACUAAGUAUUGUGUCUGCUGGUGGGAUCACGUUCCCACAUCUGCCUCCACUAAUCACGCCCUCACUAACGGUCAUUGUUCAAAGCCAAAAUAGGAUUGUGGCAAUGCAGGUUUAUGGCUGCAUUACACCUCCAGAACUAGAUGUCAAUAAAUCGCUGGGAAAAAAAGAA